AUGUCCGAGAUUCCUGUUAUCGUCGACUUCCCGCUGCCCUUCCGAGUCCUGGUCCUGGCUGGCCUUGGGAUCGUCGGGUGGGCCACCAACCUCCAUGGCCUCGACCUCCUUGGCGUCGAUGCCGUCUCCGCAAUGGACCUGCGUGUGGAGGCAAACCUCAACUCCCAUUUGCCCGCCCACCUCACCACCGGCCCGAAGCCGCCCUCCCACCCAUCCGUCAUCUACCACGCCGUGUACCGCCUCUUUGCCGCCUACGCAGUGUGGUGUUUCUUGUGCUGGGGCGUCUUCCGCUACCUCACAUGGGGCGACAUGGCGCUCGUAGACGCCUUUGGCUAUAUCCCGGCCAUUGCGGCACUCGUCGUGUUGAUGGCGCUGGUUUCUCCAAUCGACAUUUUGUACAAACGCGAACGGGACAAGUUUCUCCAGUCGAUCCGGAGGUGCCUUUUUAGCUCGAUGGACGCGCCGAUAUACUUUGCGGACGUGGUGUUUGCGGAUGUUUUCACGUCGUUUGCCAAGGUUCUGGGGGAUGUCUGGCUGUCAGCGCGCAUGCUUUUGCCUGGAAGCACUCUGUUUCGCACUCCUGACGACGGACCGUGGUCCAGAUGGAUAAUGCCGACGAUCAUGAGGCGAGUCUCCUUGCCAUACCUGGUCCGCUUCAAACAGUGUCUUGUCGAGUACUCGCUGCCUUCCAACGACAGUCGCCGCCCGCUAUUCAAUGCAUUGAAAUACGCAACCUCCUUCCCCGUCAUCUAUCUGUCUGCGGCCCAGCGAUUGGUGAUGAAGGAGAAGGGAGAUGGCGAAGCGUGGCACGGGCAGCACCCGCUGUUUAGACUGUGGCUGUUGGCAGCGGUUGUGAAUUCGUUGUAUUCAUUUUGGUGGGAUGUAACCAAUGAUUGGGGUCUAUCUCUGCUCCGUCCCCACGACACUUCUCGAGAGAAACCACCCCCACCACGGCCCCUGCUAUUAGCGCACCGGUCAACUGCAUCGGAAGAACAUAUGACCCCCGCCACCAAUCACCAGCGACAGCCUUACCCAUUCGGCCUCCGGUCCCCUCUGCUGUUCCCGCUGCCUGUCUACCCGCUCGUGGUGUUUCUCAAUCUUGUGCUGCGGAUGACAUGGUCGAUCAAACUAUCGAGCCACUUGCAUUCGAAAUCGGAGGGCAGCGUUACCAUUUUCUGGCUCGAGAUGGCAGAGCUGUUGCGGCGGUGGCUGUGGGUAUUUGUGCGGGUCGAGUGGGAGGUGAUUAAAAGGGCUCAGCUCGGACCGAGAAGAGAUGUUCUUCUGGAGGAUUUCAGUGGCGACGAAGGAGAAGAUUAUGAGAUGGUGCCUCGAACAGCUGACGAGACGAGGGUUUAA